AUGCAGGAUGCCGUGCAGGAGGCCGUCCGGGACUGCCACCUCGAGGGCAGGAGGGGCUUCCUCUUGGAGGACGUCUACGAGGUCUUGGAGGCCCUUCGCCAGAAGGAGUGCAUGACGCACAGCGAAGUCGAGGACCUCCGCCAGUCCUACAGGAAGUACAGCGAUGGCGGCAAUGCGGGCCUCACUGGCGUACCGCUGAGCAGCGCGCUGCGGCAGGCUGGCUGGGCACUGCCGGUGACGGAGGUGCAGGACAUGCUCCUAGGCUUCGAUUUGGACAAAAGCGACAGCAUUUGCGAGGUGGAGUUCGUCAAGCUUGGGAAGAAGCUCAGGGAAGAUCUGAUCCUCAAGCUGGAUGAGCAGUACGAAGAGAAAGAACUACACUUGCCAGGCAAGAUCACCGAGAGCGAGCUCCGCUCGGCGGCGAUGUGCCACCUGCCCUUCAGGGUCGACGUCCAGCAGGUGCAGCUGAUCUGGCACGAGUGCGGGAGCAGGUUCGCUGAGAGGGCCGACAGGUGGGACUGGCUGAGAUUGGUGCUCGCCUACUGGAGGGCGGUGAGGGACAAGCGCCGCGAGAACUUCGGGUUCGACAACCAAGACGUUCGGAACUUCCUUGCACGGUUCGCCCGCCACGCGGGCGGUACUGGCGUGAUCACGCUCGCAGACAAGAACCUUGCCAGCCUCCUCGACGAGACGUUCCCCACCAUGCGGGUCAACUUGAAGGACCGCCAGCAGUAG